AUGUCAAAUCAAGAUCUUAAUAUAUUUCCACACCUCAAAGUAAAUGUGCCUUCGUUCCUUCUAAAAACUUAUGAAAUUUUAGAGAAUGAUUCAUUAACAGACCUAAUUUCAUGGAACAAAGAGGGAACUUCCUUUAUAGUAUUCAAACCUAGUGAUAUGUCUUCGAAAGUGUUAGCUAACUAUUUUAAGCAUAAAAACUAUCCUAGCUUUCUCAGAUAACUAAACAUGUAUAAUUUUAGAAAGACCAGAAAUUAGUUUGGGUAAAGUGAAUUUCGCCACAGAUGGUUCAAAAGAGGGUUAAAGUAAUAGUUGAAUCAUAAUCUUUCUAGAAGUACGCUGUAGUAUAUAAGAAGAAGAAAUUAGGAAGAGUCUGAUCUAAGAAUAGAAACAAAAGAGAGCAGUUAAGAACUUGAUAAUUAUAAGAGAGAACAGGAGAGCCUGAAAUAAAUUGUAAAAGACCUCCAAGAAACAUAAAUCAAACUACAGGAGGACUUAAAUUUUCAAUAGGAGCAGUCAGUGACAUUAUCUAAUUAAAAUUAGAACACAUUAUAAGUAAAUUAUUUAGAUUAUUUAGGCAAUAAAUUAAACCUAAUUGUAAUUCAACCAAAAGUAUGA